AUGUAUUUUCCAGCGCAAGGUAACAACUACUUCCCCCUUGUGGCGCCCUACAACGAGCCGCCUCGCCAUCGACCGAAAACACCGCUCUUCAUCCCCUUUACAAGAAACAACGCCAUGAUGCGGCAGACAGUUCUUGGAUAUAUUGCUAGCGGGUGGCCGAGGGAGGAUAUUGUCAUUGUUGAUAAUAGCGGUACUGCCGACGCCAACAACCUGAAGCUCUUGUCGACUUCGAACCCCUUUUCGCUCGACUACGACUUGUUUCGUUACCGAUACGGCGUUUCGAUCUUGCAAACAUCAGUUCUUCUCAAUUUCGCCCAGUUACAAAACUUCAUGUUGAGGGUGGCAAUGGCUCGUCACUGGCCAUACUAUUUCUGGAGCCACAUGGACGUUGGAAUUCUGAGCCACGAAGAAGAGACGCCCUACUCGUCAUUUUACGAGCGCGUGCUCAACAUCCUCAACGAAGCAGAAUCAUCCAGACUAUCCGGCAAAAGCAAAUGGGCAGUCAAGUUCUUCAACUUUGACUACCUCACUCUGGUCAAUGUGGAUGCAUGGCGGCACAUUGGGGGCUGGGACGUGUUUAUCCCCUACUAUACCACAGACUGCGACGCGUAUGGACGACUUCGAAUGCUAGGAUACGACAUUGAUCGCGUGGGUGCAGGGCACAUAUGGGAUGUAGCCAACGUUGUGGAGGAUCCCGAAAUCAAGUUCUUCCCCCCCAGCUCCCACCCCAGAUCCGACAAGGAUGGAGAGUCGGCCAACAAUGCCACUGUUGAAGAUGACAACGCGCCCAACUCGGAAAGAUUCAAGGCUCUGAGACAGGAGCUGCAGAAGAUUCAAGACGACAAAAUGGCCAACUCCGACGGCCGAAACACAUGGCAAAAUAUGCAAAAGGGAGGAAAGGGAGAGCCGUGGACAUAUGAUCCCGCGGGCUUCCAGGCUGCUUGGUGGGAAACAGCGGAUAGUGGAAAGAAGCUGUUUGAGCACAAAUGGGGAGGAGGAGGCUGUGAUAUAUUCGAGCUCAAAAAGACGAUAGACGAUAUCUGGAAAGACGCAGACGAGGAGGGUCAUUAG